CUGGACAAGCUCUCCCCCGGAUAUUCAGAAAAGCCGGAACCAAGAAUUGCGUCGGAACAUUGAAGAUGCUUCCGGCACCAUCCACACGUACCAUCUACCAUUAGCCGAACUCCAAAUAACGCCGCCGCCGAAGUAUACGGUCAAGUUCACUAAGCGGCAGUCAGGCAGGCGUUUGUCAUGGGGCCAAAAGCUGGAGUAACACUGCUCGGAUAACUCGAACAUGACGGAUCACAACGGCAACGACGGCUGGCAGGGCCUGCAGCUUGGCUUCGUCCCUAUCAACCAAGCAGACUCACCUCCUGAAUCUAAACGACGCCGCGCGUACUUGUCUUGCGAACGUUGCCGUAAGCGUAAGACUCGCUGCGAGCCAGCAUCGGGCCAGAGGAAGCCGUGUAAGCGAUGCUCAACCGACAAUCAACUUUGUGAGUUCAGAGCGUCGCGAAGCACCAAGAGAAAGCUGUCGCUUCCAGCUGGAGAUGCUGAGCCAGUGUCGCGUCACAAUCAUACGUGCACCGAUAUCGACAUCCCAACUUCGACACCACUUGCGCCUCGAGACGUUCCAGUUCGCCCUCCCAAUGAGAAGGUAUACAUCGAUGACGUACUCGUCGCCGACUGCUCCCAGGGUCCAAGGACCACAACCGCACCAGACGCACGAGCACGGCUUAUUUCUACACAUAUACAUAAUGCAUCAGAUGCCCUAGACCUUCUCACAUUCGCCGCGAGCGGUUCUCUGGCCUACAACAGCCCUUCGGCCACGCCUAGCCGCGAAAGCCAAGUUUCAUCUGUUACCCCUCCGACUGCUAUCUCAGAUACACCCCUCAAUCUGGAUAGAGCAUGGAAAAGCUUUUCCCUCAUUAGAAAAGGAAUUGUAUCACAACAAGAAGUGAUGGACUACCUAGGCUUCUUCUUUGAUCGAUUAUGGCCUCUGAAACCAGUUGUACCGUCUUACUACCGCGAUAGGAGCACUUAUGGCCAGCUUGUUGCUGAGGAGCCUCUUCUGGUGGUCUGUCUCGUGACUCUCUCAUCGAGAUACUUUCCACUGCCCGGAGAUCAUGGUGAAAUCAGGUCCGAGCGUAUACACUGGCAAACGUGGAGGAUCCUCCAGCGAUCCCUCCAAUCCGUCAUGUGGGGGUCUACCACGACGCGCUCUCUUGGAGCGAUAGCGGCGAUGCUGCUUCUGAUCGACUGGCAUGUUAAGGCCAUUAAUAACCCGACUGACUUCACGGAAGGAGAUGAUGAAGCUCAUGAUUAUGCCGAUGGUCAUACAUAUGGUUCCAGGGUUUCGUCAAACAACACAGACUCACUCAUUGGACAGCGACGGUAUGGGAUGGUAUCACUAAUGGAAAAGCUGAAUAUUGUAUCUCCGGCAUAUCGGAGCAACAAGAUGUCAUGGAUCCUUCUUUCCAACGCCAUUGCUUUAGCCCACGAGGGCUGCUGCUUCCAGAACGAAUCGCCCGGCUCCACAGUCGCCUCCUCCAGUCUGGACUCUACCAAAAAAGAAUGGAACGGUCUUCUCUGUGUGUUCAUAUACCUCGCAGACGAAGGCCUCGCGACUCGCCUAGGUCUAGAGCCCUUGCUACCCGAAAAGUCGAGACAAAUAGUCAAAGACCGAUUCGCGACGACAUUCGCCGAGUCUCUACCGGACAGUCCUCUCUGGGAAGGCUAUUUCGAACUCUCUAUAGAGACUCGAAAGGGAAGAGAAUUCUUGCACUCCUUGAAAACCCCAGGUGCAUCGUUUGCCGACCUAGAUCUCGUCCCUCAUUUAGAACACUUACGAAGGGCUCUGCAUCGCUGGAGACGGCAGUACUACCAUCAUGAUGUCAAAUCGUUAUUAAAUGCAUGUCUUCUUAUGGAGUUCUACUACAUAAACUUGUUCUGCUUCGCUCCGGCAGCUCAAGCCGUACAAAUUGGUUCCAGAGCCGUGCCGCAAGAAACACUUCAAGCCUUGUCUGAGUUUGAGGACCAGGCAACACAGGCCAGCCACGCACUUCUAUCUAUAGUUGUGGAUGACCUGAAGCCUUCAGAGCUCAUUAAAUAUCUACCAGUUCGAUGCUGGCUAUUCAUCGUUGCUGCGAGCCUUCAUCUGCUCAAGGCAACCCUAACAAAAACCCAGGAUGUAAAUCGGGAACAUCCAAAUAUCCGUCUUCUACGUCGUGUUAUCAAUGCAGUCCACAGUGGCUCUCCAGAUGACUCGCAUAUGGCAAUCCGAUAUGCCAAGUUUCUGGGUAUUAUGGCACAGAUAGCUCUGCCAGCCGCGUCGAGCAGCCCUGAUAUAGCAUCAAGAGGAGGAAUGGGGGAAUACAAUGGUGAUGCUGGAUUUCAGCUGAAUGACGGCUUCGAGGAAGUAGCCUAUGGUUAUACAUUUAAUAAUGUGACAGUUGAGGGAGUCAGUGACUGGAAUGCUCUUCUUGACUUAGACUUGGCUCCAGAUCUUUUUAUGUGGUGGGAGUCUAUGUAUAGUUAACAUGCUUUUCCUCAUUGAGUUUCUUGUCCUUUUGGUGCCUCUUUAAUCUAUUCUGUUAAGCUGCUAAGCUUAUCUUGGGCUGCACACAGCAAAGUUUUAAGGGCAGAGGAGCCAACGCUCUGCCAUCGUGGAGCUAUCUUACUCAAUUCUUCCGCCACUAUGGCAAUAUUGGCUAUGCUGCCAUGGAUGGUGGAUGGGAUGCCUUUGAUGCCGCUACUGACUUUACCAAUGACGCCAGCUGGCUUAUUAGUAGCUUGUUCCAGGGUUAAAGAUAGAUCCAUAUAAUGGCAGAGCGGCUUUAAAUUAAACGUAACUCUGUUAUUU